AACUAGUGCUUUAAACUUAUUCGGUAUACUUAAAUUUUUUAAUUCACUUCAGAAGUGUUUGGCUAGUAAGUUUUCAAAAUGUUAUUCAAUCUGACAAUUUUUAUGAACUGUAAGCAUAAAUUAACCUGUGUGUGUCAUUGUGAAAGUCAAGGAUGUGUAAUACCGUGGCUAAUUUUUUACUUGGAGGAAUUCCAGUUGCAGGAAGUUAGACAGGUCGAGCCGGAGAGGGAGAGCUAGAGGGGUGUUUGAAUGAUCAGUAGGUUUUUGUGUUAAAACACAGCUUGGUCUUCAGACAGAUCUCUGUGUUUGAUGAUGUGAUGAUGUUCCGCAGGUGUGACACAGCCAGUGGUCCUGAUGGGAGUGAUAUCGCGAUAUCUGCUCACCCUUCUGGUGAAGUUUUCUCUUGGAGAUGAGGGUGUGGACACCGUUGAAGAGGCUCUUUCACAGGUUCAGGAUCUUCUGGGUCAUUAUCAGCUGUCCAGUGCUGAGGUGAUUCUGGAGAUCAGAACCGACAGGGUCAGCUUGAGAGACAGAAACAACCAGGAUUUGGAGAUGUUUGCCCUGUCCUCUCUUCUCCGCUUCGACAUCCGUCUCUUCUUCUGCUGGUUUGUCAGAGCUCCACCCAGAAGAGACCGAGCGUUUAUUUAUUCAGCUGCACAACGGCGGACCGCAUCAGAGAUGACAUCAAGCAAGAUGUGUCGCAUUGCAAAAUAAGAGAGAAAAGGUAGAGAUUCAGCAGAGCACGGUUGUGACUUCCAGAGCACAGAUAAUCAGACAGACAGACAGAGAGAAACCUGUUAACUGGCAGACAAACCAGUUUAACCAGUUUCUACAUAGCUUAAGAAGGCGUGACUGAGAGGACAGAGAGAGAGAGGUAAGACAGAGAGACAUAUUCAUUUGAGUUGAGCUGUUCUUACGGAGGUAUACAAACCGACAAGACAUCUACAGUACAUCUACAGUAAGAAUCCAGUAUGGAUAUUUUGGGAGUUCCGAGCCCUCCAUACAGCCAAGCCCCAAACCCGCCCUCAAACCACCCCCCGCCCCCUUACCCGGGCAUCAGAGCUAAUGGAAUGAUGAAUGGUCAGCCUGAUAAGUCAUUUCUCAAAGCUCAGGUGGAGGUGGACUUGCUCAAUCAUUGUUUUGAUGACAUGGAAGUGUUCAUGGGAAAGCUGCAGCAGUCAGCAGAAGCUCAGAUGAUCCUCAACCAAAGGAGUAAAAAGAACAAAAGAAGUCAGAAGAAAAGUGCAGAUGAGGAUCUAUUGACGGCAAAAGCUAAUACCCCGUCUGAGAAAGAGUUCAUCGACACAUUUCAGAAAUUUAAAUACAGUUUUAGCUUGUUGGCACGGUUAAAAUCCACCAUCUCCAAUCCUACCUCAGACGAGCUCUUGCAUCACGUUUUCAAACCUCUCGACAUGAUUGUGAAGGCUACAGGAGGUCCUGGUUUAGCUGCUUCCGUUUCAAGUCCUGCUAUGACACAAGGGGCUGUGUCUCUCAUGAAGAAUAACCUGACAGCACAGGAACAAGAGUUAUGGGCAUUACUAGGACCCAACUGGACGCAGCACAGGUCUGCUCUCAGAAGCCCCGUGGCCCCGUACACACCCACAUUUCUGGACGGAUGGAGACCCCCGGGGUCUGAUGUCGCAGGUUGGGUUGAUCCCGUGGAAAUACAACACAAACAAGAUGCUGAGCUCUCAAAAGUAGAGUUUUCAUCUCACCCAUCUUAUCGACAAACUCCCAUUCACGCUUCAGACCCAACUGACAGCACGGUGAAAGAGAGUUUGUAUCGCUGCAGUUACGACUUUGUUGCACGAAACAGCAGUGAGCUCUCGGUUCUGCAGGGAGAGAAACUAGAGGUGAUCGAAUCAUCUAAACGCUGGUGGAAGUGUCGUAAUAAGUUUAACGAAGUAGGAUUCGUACCGUUCAACCUCCUGGAGCCCAUCACACACAUCGACAAUCCUGUGAUGCGCAGAACUCCAAAGCCUCCCGCUGCUCCACCAAUAUCCAACAGCCUGCCCAUGCUGUCCGCCAUGACCUCUGACCCCAGCAGCGCUCGACCCCGCAGCAUGAUGCUGGGACCACAACAUCUGCCUGAAGACACAGAGAAAGUCAUGCAGGUUAAUGAUGAGUUACUUCAACGCUUGACCAGCGGGAAGAAUUUAUCCCCCCGGCUGACGAUCCCUCGCUCGACGGACACAACGGCUCAGCUCGAUUACAGCUCGUCACCAGAUGAAGUGGAGAACUGGCUGAGAAAGAAGGGCUUCAGUCAACCGACAGUUCAGUGUUUGGGAGUUCUGAAUGGAGCUCAGCUCUUCUCACUGAAUAAAGAAGAGCUGCGUGCUGUUAUUCCUGAAGAGGGCGCUAGAGUCUACAGUCAACUCACAGUACAGAGAGCCCUGCUCGAGGAUGCUCGCAGAUCUACAGAGCUGGAGACUGUGAUGGAGAGACAGAAGAUGAAGGUGGAUUUGAAACUGGAGAGUGGAACUCUAUAAACAUCUAUUAAUGGAUAAAAGUGCACACACACACACAUACAGAAUAACACUUCGAUUAAUCUGCCAUCUUGUGUUUAUUCUCUCUGUCUCACACACUCUUGCACCUGCACAAGAAUAUUUUACCUUUUCAUCUUUGUCCAUAUUGACAGCACGGAAUGAAGUUACGAAUUUGGAAGAUUAUGUAAAAACAUCUUCACUUUUAAUGUAACAUGGAUUAAUAUAUUCUUAACUAAUAAAUGUAAUACGCAUGAGAUGAAACCA